UAGUUUAUGAAAGUUCAAAUAUAAAUACAAUCAAAUUAAUCUAUGCGAAUCGCUUUUCUACAAGCACAGUAUAUAUUUUAACUAAGUUAACUUUGUAGUGUCCUAAUGCAGUUAUCGAAAUAUUUGUGAUCCGUGAUAAGUGUAAUAAACGAAAUGUGUCAAUGAAAAAGUUAUUUAAUAAAGACAGUUGGGUGUAAUAACAUUACUUAUCUGGAGUUAAAGUUAUCUGGAGUUAAAGGUUGGUACGAUAACAAACAAAUUGUGUUGUGUGUGUGUAUACUGUAUAUCAUGUCUGCGUAACAAUACAAGUCCCCACAGUGGUUUAGAAUAAUUGUACUUUUUAGUUCCCGACAAGUAACACAAGAAAAAAAGAUUGAGAGUAACCAAAGAAUAUAAAAUGAGUUUACGAAGGCAAAGAGUGGAUCCUGACAUACAAAAUGGAAUCGUCGCACAAGAAGAAAAAACAAAGAGUCCCGAGUUUGUGCACCGAGAGUCGCCAUUAACAGUUCUCAUUGAACAUUCCCUGCACAUAAGGGCAAUAUAUCACAUAUUUGUUGUCAUUCUACUGGUACUGCUCUGUGACACCGUGAUAUAUGAUCUUAUCGAGCGCGGAAAAAUAAACAUCGGUGUGACGUCAGUGGUAUAUGGGUUCGGUGACAUCAGACGCGGCGCCAAACUAUGGUUGUUCGAGCUAACGGUCGCCCUUGCCUUUUAUCCCGGGUUGAAGAUUUAUGCCGGGGUACGAAAGCUUAUCAGGGAAUACACAGGAUUAUGCAGAGCAUGGUCCAUAGUAGGAGUAUUAAGCGUAAUCGGACUGGAAACAACACUAGUGGCUGUUCCGGUGUUUGAUCUAGCUAAUAAGCAUUUAGCACUAGCAUCGUCAGUGAUUGUCACCUGUGAAAUGUUUCGUUUCGUUAUGAAAAUUUGCGCUGUUGCUGUUGCUUGUAAGAACCGGUUACACGAUGGAAGUACAAAAAUACCCUCAUUUUCACACUAUCUAUACUUCCUAUUCGCACCUACGCUUAUCUACAGGGAUGAGUACCCCAGAACCAAGAGAAUUAGGUGGGGUGUAGUAGUUUUCCAUUUUUUGGAAGUAACUGCUAUAAUAUUUUACAACAGUUUCCUAUGGGAGCGUUUCAUAUUACCUUAUUGGUCAGAUUAUGGAAAGGAAGCUAAGGUGGAGGCUGGUACUGUUGUACGCGGUAUGUUUGCAUGUGUACUGCCCGGUGUUAUAUCCUUCCUAUGCGGUUUUUACUGCCUGCUACAUGCAUGGCACAAUGCUUUUGCAGAGAUGCUGAAAUUUGGAGAUCGUCUUUUUUAUGAAGACUGGUGGACCACUUCCCGCUUCUCUAGUUACUACCGAGCCUGGAAUCGGAUAGUACAUGCUUGGUUCCGCGACCACAUAUAUCGUGUACUAGCCCCGCGUAUUGGUCGAGUUUUGUCUACCCUAAUAGUAUUUUUAUUAUCAGCUGCAGCACAUGAAGUGAUAUUAGCCCUCUCUUUCGGUUUCUUUUAUCCGGUACUGAUGAUCGAGUUCGGAGUAUUCGGUCUUUUGAUGUUGCCCUUAACGGCCACAAGUGGAGUUCGCUUUCCUAAAGCAUUGAACCUUCUAAUGUGGCUAUCAUUUUUUAUAGGGAAUGGUCUCUUAUGGAGCUUAUAUGCAAUGGAGUAUUUUUCAAGAAAAAACUGCCCAAAAUAUGAUACAGACAGCUUCUUCGUACCAAAGUCAUGGUCUUGUCCAGAAAUCGUAUUAAAACCAAAUUGGACAUUUCAAAAUCCAUUCGUCAUAAUUUAUUGAUGUAGUUUGAAAUCAAAAAAGAUCUUUUUUUAUUUCCAAUAAUAAUAUAUUUCUUAACACUUGUUUUUAAUGUUAACUAUUCUUGGAUCUAAUUUGAUUUAAGGUUUUAAUGUGGUAUACGUUUACAUUUUUAUAUUCAUUGUUAUGACUGAAUUUUAUCAUAUUUGAAUAAAUAUUUCGUUAUAUUA